AUGCCCGCAAAAGUUGUAUACGGAAAGAAGAGGAAUGGAGGGCGGACUGCGUUCACAACGUUCUUGUCACCAGAGAAAGGAGUUGCGCACAGAGAGAACGAGGAGGAAAUUGCGGUUAGCGGCCCGACACGUGACCUCCGGCGACAAACAGAACCAGAAAGAGACGAUGUGUCAGUAUUGGAGCAAGGAUUGAGCAAACUACGGAUAGAGAAAACAUCACCUGUGGAAGAUGAGGGUACGUUAAGGAAACGAUCGCGGUCACGCAAAACGAAGCCUGGGCGCAACGAGGAUACCACAAAGGAGAAUGUCGUCCCAUUCGAAGAUGCACUGGACGAGAGCAUGCAGGCUCUAUCUAUCAAGGGCCCCAAGGAGGAUGGAGUCAAUAUGCUCAAAGAGCCACGUCGACCGCGAAAGGUGCUGAGCGAUCGCAACAUCAACGCCUUACACAAUGCCUCACACAACGUUGACGAACUGGCUCGAUCGAUCCCGAAACCGAAGAAAGAGAAGAAACGCGUGGUUCCUACUAUCGUCGCCCAGGAUAUAGUAGCUACACCUGCAAAGCCUCCAGUGCCCACGGAUUCAGCUCGUUCAAAACUAGCCUCGACGCAACAGGCAGCAUGCCUUCCUACGCCCGAGCCGACACCUGAACCUGAAGACAUAUACACCGCCUAUGCUUCGCCACUACUGGCGCUCAGCGAUAGAAAGAAGCUUAUAGGGUUCCAGGAGUGGUCAGACGAGCUGGAGCCGCACUUCCAAGUUACCAAGAUUGCAGAGGCCUCGUUCUCAGAGGUAUAUCGGUUAUCUGCGAUAUCACCUGCGAAUGGUCUCAAGGAGGAGUCGGUGCUCAAACUCGUAGCGCUCAAGACACCACCAGCUGUUCCCCUACCAAGCCAGCUACACACUCGUGCGGUUCGAGAUCGCGAAGCGCAGUUAGAAAAAGAGAUGGAGCAGCGUGAACAGGACGACGCGUACAAGUCACAGGUUGAUGAUGUUGCUUCUGAGGUUAAGCUCCUUCAAAAUCUCAUCCACAUACCUGGAUUCACCGUCUUCCGCGACCUCACGAUUGUGCAGGGGAGACCUUCAGCGUCUUUCAACGAUGCGUGGAAGGAAUGGAACAAGGCGCGGCCACGCGGAAAGAAGAGUGAAUUCCCCGAUCCCAGCAAGAAGACCAGUUACGACGAGUACCAGCUCUGGGCUGUAGUAGAGAUGCAAGACGCUGGUACGGACGUCGAGAAGAUCAUGGAAACAGGUGGCAUGUCGUCAAUAUGGGAAGCUUGGGACGUCUUCUGGGGGGUAGCAAUCAGCGUAGGCAAGGCAGAAGAGGCGUGCCAAUUCGAGCACCGCGACUUGCAUCUGGGCAACAUCUGCGUUCGGUCUUCACGUUCAGGUGGAGACGUGCUGCAGCCCUCGAUCAAAGACCCUUUGCGACGCAAACUCCGCUUUACCGGCCUCGAUACGACUGUCAUCGAUUACACCUUGUCACGUGCAGAUAUCCUCGCCUCAUUAUCCCGAUCCCGCAGGACGUCUGUUAUGUCUCAUGUUUCCAGUUCCACAGCCGCAUCUGCGAGUGAGGAGAUGGUCGACGUUGCUUAUCUGGAUCUCAACAAAGACCCCGCGCUCUUCGAAGGCGAUGCAAGUGAAGAGUACCAAUAUGAGAUCUACCGCUAUAUGCGUGGCGCAGCACUCUUCGACAAUCCGUUGCAAUACGAGCCGUUGGAUAUACCGCAAGAGGAACAUGUGGAAGAGGAAGAGCCAGAGCAAGCCCCAGUCACACCCCGCCGCUCACCUAGGAAGAACACCCACAUUCGCUUCGACUCGGGCGAUGACGAACCACAAAUGCCUCGGCGAUCGCCCAGGAAACACAGUGAGGAAACGGUACCAGACGUUGCACCGAUACCAACGACAGAGGAGUCCGAAGAAGACGUCUGGCGCGAUUUCCACCCCAAGACAAACCUCGUAUGGAUGCAUUUCCUCCUGCAUAAAUUGCUCAACCACCUCGCUGCUCUCUCUUCCGCACCACACCACGUUUCUUCUCGUCCUGUCCUUUCUAAACAUGGCGAGGUGGAUAAGAAGAAAGUGGAGAAGAAGGCUAUGAGAAUGUAUAAGGUGUUGCAGAAUGUCAGCGAACUACUGUGUCCUGUCGCGCUGGGCAGAGAGGAGAGUCUGGGUAGCGUAAAGGAGUUGGUGGUUCUUGCUUUGGAGGAGCGGUGGGUUAGGGUUGAGGAUGUGGCAGGCUGA